GAUCACGCGGAUAUUCUUGGGGAUGCCUAGCGAAAUGCGCUGUGCCUAGGCCUCGAACUCUCGCCUGCUCUCCGGUGGGCGGUCUCGAACUCCAGCCUGCUCUCCGGCAGCCCACAGCAAUGCGCCUGCCAAGACCUUAGGCUGCAAAACUCGCCACGGCCCAGAGCUCGCCUCCAAGUGCGCCCCGCACAGGGCAAGCUUUCGGCGAGGACUCGCGUCCCACCCAUCUAGCCCUGGCCGCCAGCUCCCGCAGUUCACAGAGGCGGCGGCGGUGAGCGCAGCCGAUGCCAUAUCCUCAGCGGCAAGCUGAAGGAACCUGUCUCCUCUCUGGGGCGACCAAACGAUACGUCGAUGCCGGAACCGACCCGACGCCGGAGCCCGGCAACGUCCUUACCGUUGCUCUCCAGUUUGGGGCGGGUCGGGGGAAUGGCUGAGGAGAUGGAGUCGUCGCUCGAGGCAAGCUUUUCGUCCAGCGGGGCAGUGUCAGGGGCCUCAGGGUUUUUACCUCCUGCCCGCUCCCGCAUCUUCAAGAUAAUCGUGAUCGGCGACUCCAAUGUGGGCAAGACAUGCCUGACCUACCGCUUCUGCGCUGGCCGCUUCCCCGACCGAACCGAGGCCACGAUAGGGGUGGAUUUCCGAGAACGAGCGGUGGAGAUUGAUGGGGAGCGCAUCAAGAUCCAGCUAUGGGACACAGCAGGACAAGAACGAUUCAGAAAGAGCAUGGUUCAGCACUACUACAGAAAUGUACAUGCUGUUGUCUUCGUGUAUGAUAUGACCAACAUGGCUAGUUUUCAUAGCCUACCAUCUUGGAUAGAAGAAUGCAAACAACAUUUGCUAGCCAAUGAUAUACCACGGAUUCUUGUUGGAAAUAAAUGUGACUUGAGAAGUGCCAUACAGGUUCCCACAGACUUGGCACAAAAAUUUGCUGACACACACAGUAUGCCUUUGUUUGAAACGUCUGCUAAAAACCCCAAUGAUAAUGACCAUGUGGAAGCUAUAUUUAUGACCUUGGCUCAUAAGCUUAAGAGCCACAAACCAUUAAUGCUUAGUCAGCCCCCUGAUAAUGGAAUUAUCCUGAAGCCUGAACCAAAGCCUGCAAUGACGUGCUGGUGCUAAAUAACAGUCUUUAUUAUAUUAUCUAAUUUUGACUAAAGAAAUACUUUUGAAGUAUGACAGUAAUAAGUCAUAAGAUUUAAUCUCAACUAUAAUGGGUCAUCUUGACACUUUGCUGUUUGUCAUUGUCACGCUUUUGUAUUUUGUAUCUACUUAAGUUUGUCACUGUGACAACACAGGAAAAGUUGGUUUUCAGGUGAGAUUGAAAAUGAAGCAAAGAUAGGAUGAAUCUGAACAUCUCUCCAUCUAGAGCCCACUGAAGGAAGCUUCAAAUGAGAACAUGAUGGAAUCAGUAACCAUUCAAUCUUUUGUCCUAGGAUUGGAAAAAAAUGUUAAAGGUUUAGGACACACCUAAUAGUAUGUCCUUUGAAUGGGAAGUGUUCUUAAUAGGAUAAAAACUGGUAUUUGCCUCUCCCCAGAGUACUUUUUUUGUUUUUUUGGUAGAGACGGGGUCUUGCUAUGUUGUCCAGGCUGGCCUUGAGCUCCUGGGCUCAAGCAAUCCUCCCACCUCAGCCUCCCCAGUACUGGGACUAUAGGUACUCACCACUGCAUCUGGCCUUUCUUUGUUUUAUUAACAUAUUUAGUUUUGUUAUUAUUGGUAUGUUUUAGAGCCAAGACUUUAGUUCCAGUGGGAUAAGAAGGCAUAGAAUGUUUUCUGGUUCCCAGUCCAUAAAGAAUGACUUUUCCAAGAGUUCUAGAUGUUUGAUUUUCUAAUUAAUACUUAUCAGAUCUACAAAAAUCAUUAUUAUUUUUAAAAGAGUUAUUUGAGUUUCUUUCUUUUUUUUUUUUUUUUUGAGAUGGAGUCUCGCUCUGUCUCCAGGCUGGAGUGCAGUGGCACGAUCUCGGCUCACUGCAACCUCCGCCUCCCAGGUUCAAGUGAUUCUCCUGCCUCAGCCUCCCGAGUAGCUGGGAUUACAGGCGUGCACUACCACACCCAGCGGAUUUUUGUAUUUUUAGUAUAGGUGGGGUUUCACCAUGUUGGCCAGGAUGGUCUCCAUCUCUUGACCUCAUGAUCCACCUGCCUCAGCUUCCCAAAGUGCUGGGAUUACAGGUGUGAGUCACUGCACCCAGCCGAGUUGCUUUCUUACUAAAUCCUAUUAAAAUAUGCAAAAAUAAGUCAGAUUUUAAGGCAAAUAAAGUGACAUAAGGUGCUUUAUAUUUUAUUUUGGUAUAUUUAAACAGUGAAAAACUAACUGAAAGCACAUGAAGAGUUGUAACUUGGGGGAAAAUAGGUAAACAUAGCUUCUAGCUAACACAGGAGACCUAUUCUUAGCCUUUACUAAUUUCAAGCAGUGUAUCUGAUAUGGUAUCUCUUGCUCUGCCUUCAACUCCAAUAAAUUUAAUGACUAAAUGCCAAGUUAACAAAUCAACUUCCAUUUGGAUUGUAGCUGUGAAGGCACAACUCUAAUUGCUAUUAGUCUACAUGUAUUUCUGUAAUAGUAUUGUGUCGUAUCAGUUUUUAAGAUGUCUAAAUUUUAUGGUCACAAGUUAUCCCUCCUCAGUAUGAAAAAUAAAUUAGAUAUUGAAAAAUGUCUAUACUUCAGUGAUGGAAAGAAUAUUUCAAGAAGUUUUUUAACCUAAAUACUUUUAUUUUGAAUUUAAGUCUUUGCACAUAAAAUAUAGCAAGCUUACAUAUUAAACUAUUUACGUAAAUGGAAUGUAAGCCAUGACUUUAACUGAAGUGUUCACAUUCACUAAUUUUGAUAGAUUGCUGUCCUUAAUAAUUUGGGAGGAAAUUAAGCCAAAUGAUUAUUGUACUACAGUAUUUUCAGAAUAUGGGAAAUCAAUUAAAAAUGUAAUCUAAUCUAGUUUAAGAUUUUUGUUUAAUCAUCAUGGUGGUCCUACCUGGAUAAUUUAACUAUAAAGACAAAAUAAUUCUAUUAAAUGAACUAACUGAAAAUAAUAAUUAUAGGAAGUGAUUAUUCCAUUUUAAGUAUUAGAGCUCAAAUUGGCUUUAUUUGCAUUUAGGGAGAUCAUGUUUUCUUAAUCAUGCUGGAAUUAAAAACUAAAAGUUGUUUUACUUGUAUCGAAAUUAACCUUGAUUUAUAACUAUUUUUGUAAUAAAACAAUGACAGCUGUAGUAACUAUGAUGGGUGUAACAACAUUUUUUUAAAGAAGGGAAUCUGUUUAUCGCUUUUCAAAAUAUUUUCUAAAGUGGGGGAAGAAAGUUUAUAGACUUUCCAAGCACAUUUAUGGUUUUUUAUUACUGUUAUUAUGGUUUUAAAAAGAGUAACUUUAUUUCUUUUUGUAAGGAAUUAAGUAGUAUCCUUUACAGUUCUGUGAAAGGACUUAUUUUUUAACUUUAAUAUUUAUUAGUUUUAAAAUAUUUGUAUCUCAUUCGUAACAAUUUGUUUUAAUUUUUUAUAUGUAUGUUUUUAUUUUUAAAAAACAUACCAGUUGAAUGGGGUUAAAGCUUUCAAUAUCUUAAAAUAUUUAUAAAACAUUUCACUGUUGCAAAAUCACUUCCAAAAUGAUAGCUAUCUAACAACUAAUUACUAAUUUUUAAAGAACAAAUCACACAUUUAAAAAAUCUGUAGAAUUUAUUUUAACUAUGACCUUUAAUUGAAAAUAAAUAAUUAAAAUAUCAGACAUGUUUUGGAAAAGUCUUAAUUUGAGAACACCAAAGGAAACUACCCCAGAAUCUAAUGUAGUUAGCUAUUAAUAACAAUGCAUUAUUGAAAGUAUAUUGCAAAUACAUGUUUCCUCAUGAAAUCUAAGUAAUUUUGUUAUGGAAUAGUGUCACUGUUACAUUUCCCCCAUGAAGUUCAAUAAACCAGCUUAGCCACAAAGAAA